GACGCGCGGCGACGGCGGGGCGGGUCCGUUCCUUUUCCGGGUCCCGCCCCCAUGCCGUCGGUGCCCGCCCCCUCGCUCCCCUCCGGGGCCGACACCCAGCCCCUUCAGAAGCUGCUCUUGGGCACGGCCCCCGACUCCGGCGGCUUGAAGCCGCCUAGUCUGCUGUCGUUGCUCGCGGGCACGUCAUCGGGCAGCUCCGAGUUCAGCGAGGAGGCGGCUGUGAAGGAGCGGGGGCGGCGGCUGAGCUGGAUCCAUAGACGAGGUCGGUACCGGAGCCGGAGCCGGAGCCGGGAUCUCCAGCGGGGUAGCCUGAGCCCGGAUUCGAGGUCAAUCCAGAACCCGGGCUCUUCGCGCUGGGCCCGCACCGGCAUGGCGGCCUCGACGGUGCUGGGCGCCGGCCUGGCGCGGAUCCUCUUCUACCCGACGCUGCUGUACACGCUGCUGCGCGACAAGGUGUCGGGACCGGGGCACCGCGAUUGGUACCACCGCAUCGACUCCACAGUGCUGCUGGGCGCACUGCCGCUGCGCAGCCUCACGCACCGGCUGAUAGAGGAGGAGAACGUACGGGGAGUGAUAACCAUGAAUGAAGAAUAUGAGACAAGGUUCCUGUGUAACACUUUUGAGGAAUGGAAAGCGCUUGGAGUAGAGCAAUUGCGUCUCAGCACAGUGGAUAUGACUGGAGUCCCAACUUUGGAAAACCUAAAGAAAGGUGUCCAGUUCACCCUAAAGUACAUGGCACUGGAGAAAUGUGUCUAUGUUCAUUGCAAGGCUGGGCGCUCCAGAAGCGCCACUAUGGUGGCAGCCUAUUUGAUACAGGUAUACAAGUGGAGUCCAGAGGAGGCAGUGAAGGCUAUUGCCAAGAUCCGUUCCCACAUCCACAUCCGACCUCGGCAGGUACAGGUCCUCAAGGAAUUCCACAAACAGGUCAUGGCAGAAGCAGAAAAAAACUAAGGCUUCCCAAGAAGUACCAGCUCAUGAAUGAAGUAGGGGGACUGGAAAGAACUCUUAAGACUCUGCUGCUCAUUGUGGAAUAAAGAAAUGCAUUCAGUGGACCCUAGGAGCUUUAACCUGUAAUAGACAGAAAAAACAUCUUGCUCUACCAGAAAUGUGGCAAAGGAUGGAUAACCGUCCUUUUUUGUCUGCUUUGUUUUGUUCCAGUCUCAGAAAACUGUCCAUGGUACAACAGAAACUAA